AACCUAUCGAUCGUGAUGUAAGAAUACGGCAUAAAGUAUAUCGGAAACUAUAAACGUGUGUAAAAUCUUUUCCAUUAAUUUCGUUCAAAUUUAUUCCGAUAUUUAGAGGUAGAAAGUGUAAAAAAUAUUCUAACAAAAUUACGAAGCGUUCAUCGAUACGUAAACAUAUAGAAAAUGUUUUAAACUUUAAUUAUUCGUAAAGAUCGAUCAAGAUGUAUCCAACUGCUUCAACAACUGGACCGCAAGAUCAAAAUGGAGGAACUGACGGAUAGAUCGAUAAUGCUCAGUAAUGUUAGAGAAUAUCAUUGAUCACUUUGCUUGUCAACGUGAUUAGCAUGGAAUGGAUGGAUCCUGUCCACUCCUCUUUCCAUCUUUUGGGGAGAAAAAUAACUCUGAACGAGGAAUCGGAUAUACAGCACAGAAAGUGUCUUUAUACAGGCCAUCCUCUGAUGCAAUUGACCUUGGAUACCAUACUCUUGACAACAGUGGUUGCCGUGUGCCUUCCUCAUCUGCUAUUACAUCUGUACCUACGAGACAACAACCGCUGUCACAACAGAAAAGAGCAUAUGUUACAGGUCUUUACCAACUUGACGAUGAGUUGUUACUAAAAAUUUUCUCCUGGCUAAGUACUAGAGAUCGUUGUGCUUUGGCGCAAACUUGUAGACGUCUAUGGGAAAUAGCGUGGCAUCCAUCCUUAUGGAAGGAAGUUGAAAUACAAUAUCCUCAAAAUGCGACUAUAGCACUAAAUGCUUUAGCACAGCGAGGAUGUCAUUCUUGUAUUCGUCGUUUGAUAUUGGAAGGUGCCACAGGUCUUCCUGGAGUCUUUCGACAACUGCCAUUUUUAAGUUUAACUUCUCUAAUUCUGCGUCAUUCGCGACGCGUAACGGAUGCUAACGUGACUGCCAUUUUAGAUAAUUGCGUGCAUUUAAAAGAAUUAGAUUUAACUGGAUGCGUGAGUGUGACUAAAGCUUGUAGCCGGAUAACAUCGUUGCAAUUACAGUCGCUUGAUCUAAGCGAUUGCCACAAUAUUGAAGAUUCUGGUUUGGUAUUAACGCUCUCCCGUAUGCCACAACUUGCGUGCCUUUAUCUACGACGAUGCGCACGUAUAACCGAUGCCAGUUUCGUUGCUAUUGCAUCUUACUGUGGAAAUUUACGACAACUUUCUGUAUCUGAUUGCGCAAAAAUAACAGAUUUUGGUGUACGUGAAGUGGCCGCACGUCUAGGGCCAUCGUUAAGAUAUUUUUCUGUUGGUAAAUGCGAUCGUGUAUCUGAUGCCGGUCUGCUUGUGGUAGCCAGACAUUGUUAUAAAUUACGUUAUUUGAAUGCACGUGGUUGCGAAGCACUCAGUGAUAGCGCAACAUCGGCUUUGGCACGUGGAUGUCCACGGCUCAGAGCUCUUGACAUAGGAAAAUGCGAUAUCGGUGAUGUCACACUCGAGGCUCUUUCCACGGGCUGUCCUAAUUUGAAAAAGCUCUCUCUUUGUGGUUGCGAACGAAUCACAGAUGCUGGACUGGAAGCAUUAGCAUAUUACGUGCGUGGUUUGAGACAGUUAAAUAUCGGAGAAUGCCCUAGAGUAACUUGGGUUGGAUACCGCGCAGUUAAACGUUAUUGUCGUCGAUGUGUUAUAGAACAUACUAAUCCUGGUUUCUCCAGUUGAUCCAUAUUUACUUUAAUCUCCUGCUUCUACUAUCUGCGAUAUAUUUAUUAACAAAUAUCAAUUUCAUUGCUUAAUUAAAUAUUAAUUUAUAUAUAUAGAGAAAAAAAGCGACGUAUACUGAAAUAGAUUGUAAAAAUAUAUAUUUUGCGUCUUGCUUAAAAAACGCAUUCGCUAUUUAUUGUUUUUUUUAUAUUUUAAUACAUUAUACAAGGGUAAUAAAAUGUUAAAUUUUAUACUUUAAUAAAUGGAUGUCUUAUAACCUUCA